GUGGAUUUGUGCCCCAGCCACGCAGGCCCUCCACGUCAUUGCACAGCGCUCUCCACGGGUGACCUAGGAAAGAUCCCGCGAAGAUGAACCAGGAGGAGGAGCAGAUAACUUGAGCAUUUGGAUAAUGUGAGAAUUGAGAUGCAGUGAUGUCUACAAUCUGCCCGCCACCAUCCCCAGCGGUUGCCAAGACAGAGAUUGCUUUAAGUGGAGAAUCACCUUUAUUAGCAGCCACCUUUGCUUAUUGGGAUAAUAUUCUUGGUCCUAGAGUAAGACACAUUUGGGCUCCAAAGACAGAACAGGUCCUUCUCAGCGAUGGAGAAAUAACUUUUCUUGCCAACCACACCCUAAAUGGAGAAAUUCUUCGGAAUGCAGAGAGUGGGGCUAUUGAUGUAAAGUUUUUUGUCUUGUCUGAAAAAGGAGUGAUUAUUGUUUCAUUAAUCUUCGAUGGAAAUUGGAAUGGAGAUCGGAGUACUUACGGACUAUCCAUUAUACUUCCUCAGACAGAGCUUAGUUUCUACCUCCCACUUCAUAGAGUGUGUGUUGACAGAUUAACACAUACUAUUCGAAAAGGAAGGAUAUGGAUGCAUAAGGAGAGACAAGAAAAUGUCCAAAAAAUUGUCUUAGAAGGCACAGAGAGAAUGGAAGAUGAGGGUCAGAGUAUUAUUCCCAUGCUUACUGGGGAGGUCAUUCCUGUAAUGGAACUGCUUUCAUCUAUGAAAUCCCACAGUGUUCCUGAAGAAAUAGAUAUAGCUGACACGGUACUCAGUGAUGAUGAUAUUGGUGACAGUUGUCAUGAAGGCUUUCUUCUCAAUGCCAUCAGUUCACAUUUGCAGACCUGUGGCUGUUCUGUCGUAGUAGGUAGCAGUGCAGAGAAAGUCAAUAAGAUAGUGAGAACAUUAUGCCUUUUUCUGACUCCAACAGAGAGGAAAUGUUCCAGAUUAUGUGAUGCAGAAUCAGCCUUUAAAUAUGAAUCAGGCCUCUUUGUACAAGGCCUGCUAAAGGAUUCCACUGGAAGCUUUGUACUCCCCUUCCGGCAAGUUAUGUAUGCUCCGUAUCCCACCACACACAUCGAUGUGGAUGUCAACACAGUCAAGCAGAUGCCGCCCUGCCAUGAGCACAUUUAUAAUCAGCGUAGAUACAUGCGGUCAGAGCUGACGGCCUUCUGGAGGGCCACCUCAGAAGAGGACAUGGCUCAGGACACCAUCAUCUACACAGACGAAAGCUUCACUCCUGAUCUGAAUAUUUUCCAAGAUGUCUUACACAGAGAUACUCUAGUAAAAGCCUUCCUGGAUCAGGUUUUUCAUCUGAAGCCAGGCUUAUCUCUCAGGAGUACAUUCCUUGCACAGUUCCUGCUUGUUCUUCACAGAAAAGCCUUGACACUAAUAAAAUACAUAGAGGAUGAUACGCAGAAGGGGAAAAAGCCCUUUAAAUCUCUUCGGAACCUGAAGAUAGAUCUUGAUUUAACAGCAGAGGGCGAUCUUAACAUUAUAAUGGCUCUAGCUGAGAAAAUUAAGCCAGGUCUACACUCUUUUAUUUUUGGGAGACCUUUCUACACUAGUGUACAAGAACGAGAUGUUCUGAUGACUUUUUAAGUGUAUGAUUUAUUGAGUAUGUUUCACCAACAGUCAUGACUGCUGUAGAAGUGGUGUGGAGGCAUCAUUCCCAUAGUCCUGCUCAGCAGCUGCAGGUCAAGUUACUGACACUACCCUUGUCACAAGAGGGCUGUAAGGGGAUGUCACAUACAUCAUUACAUUGAAUGUCUCUUCCCGUUGUACUGUCUUGGGGACUUUUGUUUACAAUUAUAAUAAAUGCUAUUGCUGUCUUUUGAAGAUAUUAUAGGAUAUAAAUGACCACAACUACUGUUUUUUAAAAUCUGUGAUUCCUGGUUGACAUCUCAAAGUAGAGUGAGUUUUUACAGAUGUACGACUAGUUGACUUUCCAUCUUUGAGUGUUCUGUGGUGUAUAAGAAUACUUAUGUAAUCAACUGAGCAUUAGAGCAAACACUUAAAUUUUUCAUUUCUACAAGAAGGAAUUUAGUUUGAGCACAGGCUUAGUUUUCAGAAGAAAGACAUGAAUGAAACAGAUUUUUAACUGAAAUUAAGUAUUAGAUCCUAUUUUGUAGGCUUGUCCUUAGGGUUCAGUCCAUCUAGAAAUGCCAAGGAGUCAUCUUAGUCCUUGAUUUUGGUGCACAGUGUGAAUUUUGUUUUGUUGUUGUUUUUGUCAAUAUCUUUUUUUUUUUUUUUUAGUUCUGUCCAAAAAUAUAUAGGAAAUCCCAUUUUGUUAUAGUAGUUACCAGUUUCUGAGCCAAAUUGAACUAUAUACGUCCUGUGCCUUUCCCCUGCCUCACUUCAAAAAUACAGUUUCUUGGAAAAGAUUUAGAUUUCAGUGGUCAGAUGUUUUCAUCUUGGGUUUUUGUUGUUGUUGUUUGAGUUUUAGUCAUUUGUUUGUUUGUUCGUUUGUUUUUUGGCAGGGCCUACUGUGCCUGAUUGGAUAGUCAUUAUUACUCUGACAUUAUAAAAUACAUUAAAGAAUGCAUAGAUACCUGGAUGUGGUCACUCAUAUUUACACUCCCAGCACUCAAGAGGCUGAGGUAGGAAAAUUGCCAUGAGCUUGAAGCCAGCCUGGGCUCUACAGAGUGAAUUUCAGGUCAGCCUAGGAUAGAGUGAGACUCUACCUCAAAUAAACAAACAAACAAAAAAACCCAUGAAGAUUGAAUUUUAUUUCAAGAUUGUGAAACAGCUCCUUUUUUUUUUUUUUUUUUUUGUGUUGUUUUUUGUUUUGCUUUGUUUUUCAAGGUAGG